AUGUCCUGGAACAACAUGAUGCCCACCAUUGUUGAGGACGGGAACAAUGACCGACAUCAUGAACUGCCUGUGGACGACAACGUUGAUCUCCAUGACGCUCGAAUCGAGCAACUCAUGGUCAGCAUGUUGGAGCAACGAGAUAAGUUGACCGAACAACUCCAAAAGGCCUCGUAUCAUGCGGAACAACUGGAAGAACAACUCAGGGGAAGUGAGAGGGAAAAGGAUGUUCUCAGAAGGGAGAUGGACCUGCAGAAACAACAUAUGCAUGGAGUAAGUAACAGUUGAUUUCACAAAGGUUGAAAAUACAACAUGACAUUAUUAUGUUCAUGUUUUGAAAAUUUCUUUUUUACAAUGUAUUGUUCUGAGUUUAGGACCUCCCCACGAUUACAAGAGAGCUUGCCCAAUGUCGAGAAGAGCUGAACGAACGAAACGAAGAGAUUGUGGAGCUGAAAGCAGAGCGAAACAACACUCGAUUACUCCUCGAACACCUUGAAUGUCUGGUCUCUCGGCAUGAACGAUCAUUCCGAUUGACAGUUGUGAAACGACAUCAGAAUCAGAGUUCGGACUAUUCCUCGGAAGUGGAGAUCCUCAAAGCGUUGAAGUCGCUCUUCCAACACCACAAAAACUUGGAUGAGAAAGUGAGAGAAAGACUGCGAGUGGCAAUGGAUCGGGUGCAAUCGCUGGAGGAUGAUCUCAGCACCAAAAUGGAAGAGAAUGCGAGCCUGAAGUCAAAGCUGGCCAUGGCUCAAGCUGAAGCCGAGGAAAGGUCAAAAAGGGUCAGUAAAAUCCAGAAAAAAGUUUGAAAAUUUCCUUUUCUACGAGGAUUUCAUCCUUUCUCAUUUAUUCAUUCCUCUAUAGCCCUAGGCAAUAAUGGACUCAAAAUGAGCUUCAGAAUCUCCAUUAGGAAUGGUUUAUCUGAUGAAAAAAGUAUAAAAACUAUUGAUUUCAGAUAAAUGGCACGCAGAAGGAGAGGGACUCGGACGUUGAAAAGGCGGCCAAGAUUGCUGAUCUGCAGUCUCAACUCGACUUCAUGAACCACGAACUCAACGCGUCAUCUCAGAGGAUCCACCAACUUAGUGCCAGGUAAUAUUUUAGUUAUUAUUUACUUUUCUAUGCCGUUGCUACAGUAUGAAAAAUAAUUUUGCCAAUUUAGGAACGCUGAGUUGGAACAAGAGAUCGCCGAGAUCCAAAAUCAGCUCAGAUCCGCUCACGAAGCCGAACAGAUGCAGCAGAACAAGGUGGAAGAACUGAUGGCCGAGCGAAGAGAGCUGGAGCAGAAGGUUAAUACGUUGGAGAAACGAUUCAUGGACACUCAACGAGAAGCGUCAUGCUUUAGAGACGUCAAAGACAAACUUGAAUACCAGGUAAGCACACUGUCAUUUAUCUGAUUUCUUUUUAGUUGGCCAAUCGGGACCAUGUUGCUCAAGUGAACGAAGAAAAGUUGCUGAGUCUUCAAGAACGUCUUGAGCUAGCCGAGAAACAACUUGCUCAAUCUCUACAAAAGGCCGAAUCGUUGCCCUCGGUGGAAGCCGAACUCCAACAACGACUCGAGGCGUUAACGGCGGCUGAGAAGAAGCAAUUGGGCGCUGAAGAGAGGGUUCAAAGGCUCGAAUCACUGCUUCAAGAAAGAUCCUCGGAAUUGGAACGGGCUGUUCAACGCGAGCGAAUCAACGAGGAGCAUAAUAAAAGGUUGAGCUCGACCGUUGACAAGCUCCUUGCCGAAUCCAACGAUCGGCUUCAACUCCAUUUGAACGAAAGAAUGCAGGCUGUCGAAGAGAAAAACCGGCUGAUUCAAGAUCUGGAACAAGCGAAGAAAUUGUUCGAUCAAGCCCAACGCAUCAAAGAUCGCCUCGAUCGGGAUAACGACGUUCUCAGGAAGGAGAUCGACCAGUUAAGACAUCAAUUGUACGAAACUAGAACUGCUCAAUUUGCUUCGAAAAUGAAUGGGACCGCGCUGAACUCAAUGCCUUAUUACCCGAGUGCGCCGUACUCUCAGAACGCGGCCGAGAUGCACAACUAUUUGGCGACUGCACCUCGGCGGCCACAGAAGGGACGGAUGGCCGCGUUACAGCAGGAUCCUAACAAAAUUCAGACGCUCAACGAACAAGAAUGGGAUCGGAUACAACAAGCGAAUGUGCUGGCUAAUGUUCAUCAAGCAUUCAGUGCAUCCACUUCCAUGUUGGAGAUGGAGCAAGUUCCUCAAUCGCAGAACGACCCUCAGGCCUUGGCGACCAUGAUUCAAGAGCGUUUGGACGCCAUUGAUUCGGAGAUUCAAGCAAUCCAAGAGGAAAAGAAGAAUGCUCGGAGAGCGGAACAGGGAAUGUGGCAAGAGCCGAUGAUGUAUAACAACGGAUACGAUGAUCCCAGCUUGUAUUUGCCUCCGGGGAUGGCUCGAGGAAUGCCGCAAAGAGGAUCCCCUCAUGAAUACAGUGUUCCCAACAAAUUCAGCACUGUAAGAAUGACAAAACGAUUAUAUUUUAUCUAAUUUUGAUUGCAUUUUAGAUGCCUGCUCGACCCAUGUACUCACAAAGACCCAAUAUGUACGAUUCUGAUGCUCUUGCGCAACAAGAAAUGGAUUUAUUGGAUGAGGAGAUCGCGAAUCGCGGAUAUCAAGUGCCAGAUCGCAAUCUUCUCAUGGAAAGGAUUCAGCAACAAAUAAAUGGCGACAAUUCUGACAGACUGAGCCCCGUUUCGAGCUCAUCUUCCAUCCAAGAGAUGCCAUAUUCUAAUGGAUCCAAGCUAAAGAAACGAUCGUCCAGUACAAGUUCUGGGUUCAAAACUCUUGGGAGGAUUUUUGGAGCAAAGAAAAAGAGCAAGGAGCAAAAGUAAGCUAAAAUACGAUGAGAAAAGUCAAAAUAAUUUGCUAAAAUUAUAUUGUUUCUGCUUUCAGAAGUCCGUCCGAAGCCUAUUCGGACUCCGAACUCGCAUUACAAGAUCAGCCAGGCUUCUCAUAUCCAAAAGCGAACGGACAGCCCGCCAAUAUAAACUCAAUGGACUUUGAUAGGCGGAAAAAGAAGAAGAACGAACUAUUGGAAGAGGUGAGAAUUUGCAUUGCCUCUUUUUGUUGACAAUUUUCGAAUACUCAACCUAUAAUUCCAGGCGAUCAAAGCGAGAACUCCCUUCGCGCUCUGGAAUGGCCCCACAGUCGUGGCGUGGUUAGAAUUGUGGGUGGGAAUGCCGGCCUGGUAUGUGGCCGCAUGCCGAGCCAACGUCAAGAGUGGAGCCAUCAUGUCCGCCCUCUCCGAUCAAGAGAUCCAACGUGAAAUCGGGAUCAGCAAUCCACUGCAUCGACUGAAACUCCGACUGGCCAUUCAGGAAAUGGUCUCCCUAACUUCUCCUUCGGCCGGAAGACAGGCCAGAAGUAGCCUGGCGUUUGGCGACAUGAAUCACGAAUGGAUUGGGAACGAAUGGCUGCCCUCGCUGGGACUGGUGAAGUAUCGACGAGAGUUCAUGGAGUGUCUGGUGGAUGCGAGAAUGCUCGAACAUCUCUCCAAACGAGAUCUAAGGACCCAUUUGAAAGUGGUCGAUAACUUCCACCGAGCUUCAUUACAAUAUGGAAUCCUGUGUUUGAAGAGGUUAAACUACGAAAGAAGAGCGCUGGAAGAGAGAAGAAAAGCGUGCGAGAAUGUGAACAAAGGUAGGGACAACUUAUCAAUUUGGAUAAGACAUCCCACGUCAAUCCAGCGCAUAUCCUGCGCUGGAUUGAGAACAAAGAUAAGAAAAUGUUUUUUUAUCGGAUAGUGACAUUUCGUUUUGAACGAAUCACCAAAAAGGGGCGGGAAAAUUUUCCUUCUAUUUGGAUUGACGUGCAUCCCUUUCAGAUGUUCUUGUUUGGUCCAAUGAACGAGUCGCCAAAUGGGUGGAAGAGAGUGGCCUCGGAUCAUAUGCCCAUAAUCUCAAGGACUCUGGUGUUCAUGGCGCGCUUAUCGCCCUUGACGACACCUUCAGUGCCCAGGCCUUGCAGGUUGUUCUACAAGUCCCAUCCAACGAUGAACAAGCCAAGAAAAUCUUAGACACCGAGUUCAAGAAGCUGGUAUCGGAAUGCAGAAAUGAGGCCGCUAGGGCCAAUCUGAACGGUGUACAUAUUAACCUGAAUGUGAAUGCUAGUUAA